AAAGAUACUUUUUUGGCUUUAUAUGAAACAAACGAAAGAAACAAGAGACCUUUAGGAGAAUACAAAGGGACGUACUCAUUGUCUCAGCCAUUGAGGAUUAUGAGAAGGUGAGAAGUCGGUGAUAAGAAGAAGAAGAAAUGGGUAAGUCCAAGAGACUAAGAACAUCCUCUCUCGAAAUCAUCCUCAAAGAAGAUAACUCUGAUUUCUUCGAUGGAUUGCCCGACGACCUCGUUGUUUCAAUUCUCUGUAAACUCAGCUCCUCUGCUUCUCGGCCUUCCGAUUUCCUCAGCAUUCUUUUAGCAUGCAAGAGAUUGAAUCGUUUGGGAUUACAUCAUAUGGUCCUGUCCAAAGCCGCACCGGAGGCGUUUGCAGUCCAACCCAAAAACUGGUCCGACGCCGCUCACCGGUUCAUAAAGAAGUGCGUCAACGCCGGCAACACUGAGGCUUGCUAUACUCUAGGAAUGAUCCGAUUUUAUUGCUUAGAAAACAGAGGGAGCGGAGCGUCGUUGAUGGCGCGGGCAGCUAAGUCACACACGCAGGCGCUUUACUCUCUCGCCGUCAUACAAUUCAACGGCAGCAGUGGCUCUAAGCGCGACAAGGAUCUCCGAGCCGGUGUCGCCUUGUGCGCAAGAGCCGCCUACCUUGGUCACAUCGACGCGCUGCGCGAACUAGGCCAUUGCCUGCAAGACGGCUAUGGUGCUCGACAAAAUGUCACCGAAGGACGCCGGCUCCUCGUCGAAGCCAACGCGCGAGAGCUCGCGUCAUACAUACGCCCCUUACUGACGAAGAAAACGCGACCACCAAAACCGCACCAGCACCACCAGCAUGGGUGCUUGAAGGGUUCUGGGUGUCCGUUGCUUAGUGAUUUCGGAUGUGAUUUACCGGCUCGGGCGGUACACCCAGCGAACCGGUUUUUGAAGGAGUGGUUCGAGUCGGGACCCGGAGUGCUGGGCCAGGGACUGAGACUGUGCUCGUAUGGUGGGUGCGGUAGGCCCGAGACAAGACCUCAAGAGUUUCGACGGUGCUCGGUUUGUGGCGCGGUUAAUUAUUGUUCGCGUGGAUGCCAAGCACUUGAUUGGAAGAUUAGGCACAAGGUGGAAUGUGUGCCGAAUGAGGAGUGGGGUGGAGGGAAUGGUGUUGGAGGAAUGGUGGAUAUGGAGGACGCCGAACCUGUGAAUGUGAUCAUGGAAUAACCGAAACCAGUGGGGGAAACCAAAAGAGACAAAAUCCCUACAUUAUUAUUGUGUUUAAAAUUGGUUUAUGAAAUUUAUGGGUAGGCUUUUGGUUUUUCUUGUUGA